UUUAAUUCCAGCUGAUGCAGAGGCCUAGGCUAGGAAUGUGCUGCAAUGUUUAUGUAAUCAAGAGAACGUGGGAACGGUGGGAUGUGCGCUUCAAUGGAAAUCUACUCUAAAUAAACAAUCCACUUAUCCAGCUCAGCUCUCAUAGGAAAAGGGUGUUGUUGCAUAAAGAAGCCAGGAUCAUGAGGAUGAAGUAGGGCCCCAUUAUCGAUCAUCAAAGAUAAAGGUUACAGUGUUGGAAGCCUUGCCAAGAGUCCUCAUCAAGCUGCUUCGUCCGGCCUUUCGGGUCGCUUGUCGUUCUUCCUCGCGUCAGUUUUUCCUACGCAUCAUUGAUUAACGGAGCGUGGAGAAGCGCAAGACAGUAUCCAGGGGUCUGCGGUCGUCCCUGAACCACUCAGGAAUCGGCGGUCGAAUCGCUUCAUCUCUCUGUGCGAGAAGACAGGAAAUUCAUCACUCUCUUUCGUCUCUCUCUCUCUGGGAAAUCAGCUACCGGCGAAUGAGCCGGCCAUCUUGAAAAGCUGGCUGGGAAUUAUAAGAUGGUGAAGUACCAGCGGUCUUCCUUGAGCGGUGCUGACGAGCUGUCGGAUCAUGACCAGGCCACAGUCACGGCUCUGCCCAACAGCCAGCCGGCAGCCCACAACCAGAACUCCACUGCCUCAGGAUUGGCUGAGGGUGAUAGCUCGAACGGGAAGAUGGGGGAAAAUAACUGCACCAAGGUACCAGAUGUGCACUACAAAAACUCCAAUGCCAACAACAUCAAGUACAUCAAAGGGGAGAUGGGCGGGCCUUCGGGGAAGCUGAGUGGGCGGACGUUACUGGAGAAGAUUCUGGUGGUGCUUUGCGUGGUGCUUUUACUUGUAGUGCUCAUCCUUGCCAUCUUGUAUGCAAUCGAAAGGCAGGAAGAGUUUUGCCUGACGGGGCCGUGUGUGACGAUAGCCGGCAGCGUGCUGAGCUCCAUGGAUAAGUCCAUUGACCCCUGCGAUGAUUUCCACAAGUACUCGUGCGGCAGCUGGAUUAAGGAGCACCCGAUACCCGACGGCCAAUCACGGUGGACGACGUUCGGGAUGAUUUGGCGGGAAAAUCAAGUGGUUAUCAAGCAGGUUCUUGAGGGCGAGUUAAACACGACCAGUACUGCCGAGAAGAAAGCGCAGAAUUACUACACGUCUUGCAUUGACAAAGAGGACAGUAUUGAUCGUCUGGGAGCGCAGCCGCUAAUAGAUAUCAUCAACACGCUUGGAGGGUGGAAUGUCACUGGGACGUUCAACCUCACCAACUACAAUUUCAACAAGGUUUUCCAGAAGAUGGAGGCCCUCUACGAUGAGAAGCCGUUCUUCACGCUGCUGAUUGGUGGAGACGAUAAAAAUUCCAGCAUUAACAUUCUGCAGAUUGCAGAAGGGAGCAUUCUUCUCCCUGAUGAGAGUUACAUGGUCAACAAGACUGAGGACGACCCGGUUGUAGGAGCCUACUUCAAGUACAUGAGGCGAGUGACGGAACUCAUUGGAGCAGAGGGCGAGGAAGUCGAUCGGCAACUCCGAAACAUCUGGGAGACUGGAGUAGACAUUGCCAAUCUGUCCGUGAGUUUGGAUGAUUAUGAGAGUUACGAGGACAUGCUGAAUUAUAUGACGGUGGAAGACAUGCAGAGAGAAUUCCCUGCGUUUAACUGGCUAGAGUACCUCACCUACCUCUUCAAGGAUACUGAAGUGAAGAUCACCUCCAAGGAACAACUUAUCGUCUUCACUCCCAAGUACCUUGCGGCAGUCUCCGACCUGGUCCUCAACACAGACCCAGUUGCCCUACACAACUACAUGAUCUGGUCGCUGAUCACUUCCUACACCAAGUAUCUGAGCGAGGAUUUCCGGCGAGCCGAGGACGACUUCGACAAGGAGCUGUACGGCCAGACGACCGAGCAGCCCAAAUGGCGCUCCUGCAUCUCCGACACCGAUGACAACCUGGGCUUUGCCCUGGGGGCGCUCUUCGUCAAGGAAACGUUCAAAGGGAAGAGCAAAGAACGAGCUAGUGCAAUGGUGGAGGAAAUUCGGAGCGCUUUCAAGAACAACCUGCCCGACUUGGAAUGGAUGGACGAAGAAACUCGGCAUGCUGCAAGAGAUAAGGCCAAUGCAAUCCUGGACCUGAUAGGUUUCCCUGACUACAUUCUGAACAGCGCUAAAUUGGACAGCUCCUACGCGGAUUUGGAGAUCAACGCAACCGACUACUUUGGUAACAACAUUCGCAUCUCUCAGUUCCACACACGUCAGGAACUGCAGGAACUACGCAAACGGGUCAACCGGGGUCAAUGGGAGAUGACCCCGCCUCAGGUCAACGCUUACUACUCCCCGCCCAAGAACGAGAUUGUAUUUCCUGCUGGUGUUCUUCAAGCACCUUUCUAUGACAAGGAUUAUCCAAAGUCGUUGAACUUUGGCGGUAUGGGGGUGAUCAUGGGCCACGAAAUCACCCACGGCUUUGACGACUCGGGCCGCAAAUACGACAAGUUCGGCAACGUGAAACAGUGGUGGAACAACGCGACCAUUGAUAGAUUUGAGAACCAGAUUCAGUGCAUGGUGGACCAGUACUCCAAGUAUGAAGUGAACGGGAACUUCAUUGACGGGAAAAUGACGCUCGGUGAGAAUAUUGCAGACAACGGUGGGCUCAAGUCAGCAUACAGGGGAUAUCAGGAUUGGAUUAAGGAACAUGGAGAGGAGAAGCCCCUGCCAGCCCUGGGCUUGUCACAUCGGCAGCUUUUCUUUGUUGGCUUUGCUCAGGUUUGGUGUUCUUCGCAGACUGCCAAAGAAGCCCAGCUGCAGUUAGUCACUGACAACCACAGCCCAGCCAGAUACAGGGUGAUUGGGACAUUGUCCAACUCUGAAGACUUUGCCAGGGAGUUCAACUGCCCAGCCGGGAGCCCCAUGAACCCCAAGAAGAAGUGUGAGGUGUGGUGAAGGGGGAGUCAGGGAACCCAACAUACAAGCCCUGCCUCCAAGUUGGGCAUGGCUUGCGUUCGUUCAAUGCACUAUUAAGAAAAACCCUAAAAUUGUACAGUCAACUUGUACCAUCUUUGUGCGGACACCAGAUGUGAUUUUAAGGAAUUCUUUGUCACGGUUUGAGAAUUUGUUGCUUUAUGUUGGGUGUUUGUGGCUGUUCUAGAAAUUUUCAGCUACUCUGGAAGUUUCAAGCAAAGCUGAAGUUUUUUAAAUGAGCUUUUUAAGUGAAGACAUGAAACUUCUUUUGUCUUUUUUAAUGAGGACCUGCCUAUAAGGAGGCAGAUUUUUAUGUAAAUAACAUUUCAGGCACACUUGUAUUUCAUAGAUAGCAACUCACAUAUUUUCUUGAGUAUCCUUAAAUAUGCCAUGCAUACUGCCCUCUGGUGAUGAGAUUCAGUCAUCUUAUUUUGCUUGUUAGUGUCACAGUCACAGAAGUUGCAGAAGUUGCCAGUAGAAAAAAAUUAAAAUAUUUUUUCUAUUGUUUUUAAAUGUUUACAUUCAGAAUCAGUGACUAUUAAAAUACAUACUGUAAGUUAAACGGGGAAAACGGUGUGCGAACAAUUUAACAUAAAUUGUAAUACGUGUAUUAAUGUUACUUUUGUCGAUCUUAUUUCAGGAGAAACUUGCCAUUUUGGAGAAUUUUGGACGAUAGUCAAAAAGCCAAUUUUUUGUUUUACCUCAUGAUAAUUAUACCACCUUUUGUUUCAAUUUUACUUUUUUUUGCAUAUUUGUUGUCUUGCCAGUGAGAAAGACUUUACCUCAAUUUGUCUGCCAAUACUUAUUUGAACGUAUUUUAAAAACAUGUAUAAAAUAUUACGAUAAAGAAAUUUGUUUGGGAG